GGUGGGGCGGCAGCUAGGUGUGAGUGGGGUUGUCCGGGCGGCGCGACGCGGCGCGGGACCGGCCGGGGCCGCCCGACGGGUAGGUGGGUUCCGCUGCGCUGGAAGGUGCUGCCUCCCUCGGCCCAGGAGCCCGGGGGCGGCUUCCGCUGGCUGUCUGGCUGAUGUUGACUGGUGCUGGGAUGCAUGAUGGAGCCUGUAACCCUUUCAGAACCACAGUCCCCCUUACAAAACAACUUGCCCACAUCACCAAAGAAAUUUCAUGUUCUGGUGGGAGUUACUGGAAGCGUGGCUGCCCUGAAGUUGCCGCUUCUUGUCUCAGGAUUGCUGGAGGUUCCUGGGGUGGAAGUGCAGGUGGUCACCACUGAGAGGGCAAAGCAUUUUUACAACCCCCAAGAGAUUCCUGUAACUCUCUACAGUGAUGCUGAUGAAUGGCAGCUGUGGAAAGACCGCUCAGACCCAGUCCUCCACAUUGACCUGAGACGCUGGGCUGACCUGAUGCUGGUGGCUCCUCUGGAUGCAAAUACACUGGCAAAGAUAGCAAAUGGGAUCUGUGACAACUUACUGACCUGUGUCAUCCGUGCAUGGGACAUGACCAAACCUUUCCUGUUCUGCCCUGCGAUGAACACAGCGAUGUGGGAACAUCCUAUCACAGCUGAGCAGAUAGAGCGACUGAAGGGCUUUGGCUACACAGAGAUUCCUUGCGUGGUGAAGAGGCUGGUAUGUGGAGAUGAAGGUCAGUCCUUAGCUGCUUUUUCUCCCAUGAAGUUCAUGGAGCAGUUGAUACUCUCAGGGUCGAGGUGCCAUGGCAGAAGUAUGGACCAUUGUGGAGAAGGUGAAGAUGACCUUUUCAGAGAGGGACUUGCCAACAUAGAGCUGAUCCCUUGAUGUCAGUUGCGUAUCUUCUUCCUCCUUGAUAGCUUUUUCAGUGUGAGGAUGAAAACAGCAAGAGCUCAGAUGGGAUGGUAUGAACUUUUGAAGCGCUGCCUUCAGCUGAGAGAACAAGUGCUUGUAUCUUGGUACCCCCAGCUGUGGCUCCAAAACCUGAUGCAUUGGUAUCAGGACCUUCUGGAACUGAAGCCAAGGUUAUAUAUAUGUGUGCGCUAGGGCCCUGUGCCAUCCAUGUAUAUAUAUGGAUCUUCAUAAACAAAAGAAGUUAUAUUGUACAAAGCCAGUAGUCCCGGGUUAUUUUCUAUGGAAUAAUUUUAAAGACACUGGAUAAAGAUUCUCCCGUCUGCUCCAGGCUUAGCAUCUUCACAUAGGAGUCAGAGAAGGCCUGGUAUAAAAUCACAAUUGUUGGGAAUGGUCCCAGCUUCUUCCAGGAAGAGACCCUUUAAGGACGAAAAGAAGAGCACUGUUGUUGAAAACCUUGUACAGCAGCUGCUCCCACCUUCCCCUUUUCAUCAAGAGGCAUCGUCCUAAAGAAUUUAUAUUUCCCUACUGGCAUAUAGUGAGACAGCUCCUAAUGUACAUCCAAGGAGCUGUUUGCCUUUUUCUUUGGAUCUCAUCUUAGUGCCUGAUUUGCAAUCUCUAAAUUUAUUUGAAUGUAUUUUUAAUGCCAGUGGAGGAAAAUACGUGACCGAAAGAGAGAAUUCAUGGCCCUGAAGGUGUCUUUGCCCUUUGGUAUCUAUUGAUGCAUAAGGAUGUAGACAUCAAAUGAAAACCAAAAUGAACUCUUGGCAUCACCCUUUGGGUGUACCAGGGCUUGGGAUCACCACAUUUGGCCAUUUUGGAAAGUCUGGGAUAGCUGUCUGGGGGAAACUAAACUUAACUUUGACAUCCCUCUUCAGAUGGAAAAUUAACUGGAGGAGGAGGUUGGGAAAUCCUGAUGGCUAACACCUCGGGUUACGUUAGUCGGGGGCCCUACAGUUCAACCUGCUCCUUUGAAACAUGAACUUAUCACCUGAGGGAGUUGGGAAUGAACUGGGGAGGGGGUGUGGUUAGUGCCCUUCCUUGUACACACCAUGGAGUUCGUUUACAGAUCCUAGAGUUUGAGUUUAUUUUUAACUAAUGUCAGUCAAAUAUAAGGCUGUCAGCACAGUGUGUGUGUUUCCUGGAUUUGGAGCAACCUUCACGCGGUGUAGCCCGAGGGAAAGGUUAUCUCCAAAUGUGUGGUUUCCUUAUCGAUUCCACACUAAAACUUCUGAGCUUUCCCACAUUCGCUGCUUUCCUGAGGAUCAGACCCCGUGGGGUCCGGAGCUGCUGGGGAUAAGGGCAGGAGGGAGCAUUGCAGCCUUACAAGUAGCAGGAAUAUCUUGGUAGCGUGCUCCAUUGUAGCAGUAAGAAUUUUGCUGGCAAAGGGAUGUUUAAAUGGCUUCUAAUCCUGUCUCCUGCCACUAGCAGUAGCAUAUUGCUGGCAGUGUUGUCUUAUGCUGGUGAAUGACUGUAGAGCGAUGCUUAUGUUUAUGGAACAUGUCUUUAUACUGUUCGAUUGUUAUAAAGCUUUUAUGAUACUGACACAAGAUCAGAGCCAAAGCCCACUGACAUCACCUGGGAAGACUUGGAUCAGGUCUUCACCGUGCGUUACAGGAUCUUUGGGUGCGGAUAUGACACACGAUUGCUACAGAGUAUUUUACCCCACUUUUUACUCCCCCUAGCUGGCUGUCUAGCAGGUUUAUUGCAGUGUGGCCACUAGGUGGCAGAAAGCCAGUUUGAAUUGAACAGAAGGCUAGCUGCAGUGAACCCACUAAGGAAGUGAACAGGCACCAGCGUCAUUUAUACUGAUACACAGUUACUCACUUUCUGAGGGCCAAAUUUACCUCAGAGUAGAGUGACUUACACUGGUGCAAGUCUGUGUCAUGUAUCCACUGCCCUUUUGUUAUUGAGUAAGGACAAUUUACUGUAUAGAAAAUGCAUUAGGUGUCAGCAUCCUUUAAAAAAAAAAAAAGUCUUAUGGUUACAGUAGGAGUCAGGACUUCUGGUUUCAAUUAGUGACUUCCAAGCCCAUACAAUAAGUCACUUACCCUCUCUCUGCUUCAAUUUCCUCAUCAAAAAUGACAGAUUACAAAAUUACUUUAAGAAGGUAUUUGUUGAGAGGACUAAUUAGUUAAUGCUUGUAAAGCACUUGCAAAUCCUCAAAUCAAAGGAAUUAAUUAUACAUUAAAGUAGAGCUUAAUGCACAGCACAGAGGAGGGAGGAAGGGGAAAAUACGAGCAGACAGUGGGAUGAUUAGCAAUAUGUAAAGAAGAAAUGCCUAAAACAAUUCAGGCUGAUAUUUAUUUCUAAGCGAUAACAUCCCGCUCUGUUUUAUGGCUGUUACAAAAUUAGACAUCAGUGUGCCAGUGCAUGAUCCUUUGUGUAAUUGUUGCUUGGUACCUCAAAUAAAUGCUUUUUAAAGGUA